GGCCCGCGUCGGCCUCACUCCCGCCCCGCCCGCGCAGGUCGCCGGUGCGCUCGCAGCCGCGUCCGUCCCGGGGGACACGCCCCGCCUCCUGCGCUCCGCCCCUCGCCGCACCGCGCCCGGGUUCCCACGGCGCCGCCGCCGGGCACCGCGAAAGAACCCGCCCGCCCUGCAAGCAGUCCCGCCGGGCCAGGCCGCGCGAACAUGGCGCUUGUCCCCUGCCAGGUGCUGCGGGUGGCCAUCCUGCUGUCCUAUUGCUCCAUCCUGUGCAACUACAAAGCCAUCGAAAUGCCCUCCCAUCAGACCUAUGGGGGGAGCUGGAAGUUCCUGACCUUCAUUGAUCUGGUAAGCUCAGCAUCCAUGGCUAGGUUAAAUUGCUCAGGCACCCCCUCCACACACACGCAUGCAUGUCUUAUUUGCAACAGCAAGCAGCCUGCUAAGAGCUCACAGCCAGAUGGUUUUCAAGGUCUCUGCCACCACCAAGAAGUUAUCCAGGCGGUCUUCUUCGGCAUCUGUGUGCUGACCGAUCUCUCCACUCUCCUGACCAGAGACAGCGGGAACCAGGAGCAAGAGCGACAGCUUAGGAAGCUCAUCUCCCUCCGGGACUGGACGCUGGCCGUGCUGGCCUUUCCUGUCGGGGUUUUUGUUGUCGCCGUGUUCUGGACCAUCUAUGCCUACGACAGAGAGAUGAUAUACCCAAAAUUGCUUGACAACUUUAUCCCAGGGUGGCUGAACCACGGAAUGCACACGACGGUUUUACCCUUUAUAUUAAUCGAGAUGAGGACAUCCCACCAUCAGUAUCCCAGUAGGAGCAGCGGACUCGCCGCCAUAUGCACCUUCUCCGUGAGCUAUAUAUUAUGGGUGUGCUGGAUACAUCAUGUCACCGGCAUGUGGGUGUACCCUUUCCUGGAACACAUUGGCUCAGGAGCCAGGAUCAUCUUCUUUGGGUCAACAACAAUCCUAAUGAAUUUCCUGUACCUGCUGGGAGAAGUCCUGAACAGCUACAUCUGGGAUACACAGAGAAGUAUGGAAGAAGAGAAAGAGAAGCCUAAGGUAGAAUGAGAUCCAAGUCUAAAAGGGAAAGCAGGAAGGAGCUACCCUUGAAUUCCUUUGGCCCUGGGCACCAGCAGUGAGGAGACAGAACUUCAAAGGGGCCAUGGCAUCAACCCUGUCUCCCUGACCCUGAGGGAAGACAACUUUUAUAUUCAAAUAUGUGCAAAAUAGGAUGCAUUGCUUUUGAAAAUCACUCACCCUUGUUGUUUGAAGUACUCUCUUCCAAGUUCAUUCUUGGUGACAUUUUCCCUCUUUUCUAGUUCUAAACUAAAGUUGAUCAUCGAAUCUCCAUUUCUGCAAUAAUAACUCCAUUUACUGAAGAAAAUCGACUGUGUUUCUUCUUAAGGAAUAUAAUAAAGUUGCAGGGGGCAGAUGUGGAUCCAGAUAUUCAUAUUUAGUCUUAAAUGUGGCUGGAGUAAUGACUCUGGGGCACAAUAUGGACCCAAGAGGAGGCAGGAGAGGUGGCUCCUGUGGUGACAGCCAUGGUUGCCUGGAAUGAGCGCUAUUAGUAAUAAAUAGGACCAGUUUAGUCGAAACCCUGAGUGUGCUUGAAUCUCCCUAUUUAAUCUGUGAAUAAUUCCCAUGUGCAAACAUUACUGUUAAUAAAGAUCCACCAACCAAG